AUGGACCACUGUAAUGGGAUAAUGUAUCAUUAUGAUAAAAAAACAACAGUGAAUCGUGUUGGAGAAGUGAAUCAUUUUGCAGGAACAGUAGAAAACUAUGAUGUUGCAGCAGACAAUAAGGAUGGGACAGCGAGCUAUUAUAAUGACACUGCAGACCUUUAUGAUAGAACUUUGAAUUAUUGUGAUGGGACAGUGGAUCAUUUUGAUAAAACAGUGGUCACUGUGAUGGGGUUUGAUGCUUACUUCACAUCCCGCACACUUGAGAACAACAGGAGAAAUGUCUGGUUUGCUGAAUACUGGGAAGAAAACUUCAACUGCAAGUUGACAAUUAGUGGGUCCAAAAAAGAAGACACAGAUCGCAAAUGCACAGGACAGGAGCGAAUUGGAAAAGACUCCAAUUAUGAGCAGGAGGGUAAAGUUCAGUUUGUGAUUGAUGCUGUCUACGCCAUGGCGCAUGCCCUUCAUCACAUGAAUAAGGAUCUGUGUGCUGAUUACCGGGGAGUAUGCCCAGAGAUGGAGCAAGCAGGGGGAAAGAAGUUGUUGAAGUAUAUCCGCAAUGUUAAUUUCAAUGGUAGUGCUGGCACCCCAGUGAUGUUUAACAAAAAUGGGGAUGCCCCUGGGCGGUAUGAUAUCUUCCAGUACCAGACAACAAACACCUCCAACCCUGGUUAUCGUCUCAUUGGGCAGUGGACAGAUGAACUUCAGCUCAAU